AUGGAAGACUUAACUGAAUAUAUUUUUGAUACGUCAGAAUUACUUGAAAACUCUUCUGAUAUAUCGCAAUUACUUGAAAAUUCUUCUGAUACAUCGCAAUUACUUGAAAAUUUUUCUAAUAUAUCGCAAUCUGGUGAAACUAUUAAAAAACGUAAAGUUGGAGAAACAAGCCUUCAAAGAAUUGUAGUAAAUAAGGGUGGAUGUCCAAAGGCUGCAGUUUGGGAUGACUUUAUUAUAGGAAAAUCUGAUAGCAAAGGUCACUACGGUGCAAAAUAUCAUUAUUAUAAGCAAGAUGAAGUUUUGGUAUCUUCUCAAUUAUCAAAUAGUGAGAAACUAAAGAUUAGAUCGAUGGUUGAUCUGUCAAACACAAAUUUCGGUGGACCAGGUGACUUAGAAAUUUGUUAUACUGUAGCACAAGAAAGUGGUAAUAUGGAUUUUGACCCUAUCGAAAUUGUGGAAAGUGAAUUACAGUUAGCUAAUAUGUUAUAA